AUGUCUAAUAUAUUGCUUGUUAUUCCGAGCGACGUAAUUUGCAGUUGCUCAUCGCCAACGGACAAGAUAGUUAUCACGGGUGAAUUUGACAAUUGGCAGCAUUCAGAUUACAUCCUGGAAUAUGACGGAAAAGAGGGAUAUAAGGUUGAGAUUCCACGGUUAACUGGUAGGGAACGGGCACUUUUCAAAUUUUUAGUCAACGAUAAUCGAUGGAUCACACUAUCCUAUUUUGAGACGUUGACAGACGAACAGGGGUUUAUUAAUAAUGUCCUUAAUUACCAUGAUUAUGAUGGUCUGGAUGAUGUAACUAUUAAUAGCAGUACUCAGGAUGAGAACGAGCAGCAGGAGAAAUUGCUCAGUUACUCCACCGAAGUGACAGAUGCCAAGUAUAUGUCUCCAGAGCUAUUUUCCCAUGGUAAGCUUGAAGCUAACAGCUCUUCAAACAACCCUGUUGGAAGUAACGACUACGUUAAUAUUUCCUCUCACGGAGAAUUAAGCAGUAUUGAGGACCUGGAAUUUGAACCGUACGAGUCAGAUCUUGAAGAAACCAUUCAGUAUGAUUCGAAAGUCUCAUUCAGUACCAAUCAGAAGCCUUUGGAUGGGCUAGUUUCUAUGGUCAAGAAAGCGCGGACCUACUGGCACACUUGA